GCGCAGUACACAUCGCUUGGAUCCGCAUUUAAUCGUGUUUAACACAACAACACUCUUUACUUUCUCAAAUUAGCCCCCCUUCGGCCUCGUCAUACCACCCCCAAUUUCGGCGUCGGUACGGGGCCGCCAGGCCGGGACAGCUGCGGACAGCGAGCCCUCAGCCAUGGAAGCUCUCGGACCUGGCCCCCCGGCCCCGCCCCCCUCCCUGCUCCAGCCUCCUCGGCGCCCUGGAUUGGGCACGGUGGGAAAGCCCAUUCUCCUGCUGGCCAAUCACUUCCAGGUGCAGGUGCCCAAGAUGGACGUGUACCACUACGAUGUGGACAUCAAACCGGAGAAACGCCCCCGCAGGGUCAACAGGGAGGUGGUGGACACCAUGGUGCGGCACUUUAACAUCUUUGGGGACCGGCAGCCGGGCUACGACGGCAAGAGGAACAUGUACACUGCCAAUCCCCUGCCCAUUGGCCGAGACCGGGUGGAUCUGGAGGUGACUCUGCCGGGGGAGGGGAAGGAUCAGACCUUUAAGGUGGCGCUGCAGUGGGUGUCUGUGGUCAGCCUGCAGCUGCUGCUGGAGACGCUCUCAGGCCGCCUUAAGGAGGUUCCAGAAGAUUCUGUGCAGGCGCUGGACGUCAUCACCCGUCACCUACCAUCCAUGAGGUACACUCCCGUGGGCCGAUCCUUCUUCUCCCCCCCUGAGGGCUAUUACCACCCGCUGGGCGGGGGGCGCGAGGUGUGGUUCGGCUUCCACCAGUCUGUGCGCCCCGCCAUGUGGAAUAUGAUGCUCAACAUUGAUGUUUCUGCCACAGCAUUCUACCGGGCCCAGCCGGCGCUGGAGUUCAUGUGUGAGGUGCUGGAUGUGCAGAGCAUCAGUGAGCAGAACAAACCGCUCACCGACUCCCAGCGCGUCAAAUUCACCAAGGAGAUCAGGGGUCUGAAGGUGGAAGUGACGCACUGUGGGCAGAUGAAGCGGAAAUAUCGAGUGUGUAACGUCACCCGCCGACCUGCAAGCCAUCAGACGUUCCCACUGCAGUUAGAGAGCGGUCAGGCGGUGGAGUGCUCGGUGGCUCAGUACUUCAAACAGAAAUACAACCUGCAGCUGAAAUACCCCCAUCUACCCUGCCUGCAGGUGGGGCAAGAGCAGAAGCACACCUACCUGCCCCUGGAGGUGUGUAACAUCGUGGCUGGCCAGCGCUGCAUUAAGAAGCUGACGGAUAAUCAGACGUCCACCAUGAUUAAAGCCACGGCGCGCUCUGCCCCGGACCGGCAGGAGGAGAUCAGCCGGCUGGUUAAGAGCAACAGUCUGGUGGGGGGGCCGGACCCCUACCUGAAGGAGUUUGGGAUCGUGGUGCACAGCGACCUGACGGAGCUGACGGGGCGAGUGCUUCCUGCCCCCACCCUGCAGUACGGCGGACGGAAUAAGACGGUAGCCACGCCCAACCAGGGUGUGUGGGAUAUGAGGGGGAAGCAGUUCUACGCUGGAAUCGAGAUCAAGGUUUGGGCCGUGGCCUGUUUCGCCCCCCAGAAACAGUGCAGAGAGGAUCUGCUCAAGAGCUUCACAGACCAGCUGCGUAAGAUCUCUAAGGAUGCUGGGAUGCCGAUACAGGGGCAGCCGUGCUUCUGUAAGUACGCACAGGGGGCCGACAGUGUGGAGCCCAUGUUCAAGCACCUGAAGCUGUCGUACGUGGGGCUGCAGCUCAUCGUGGUCAUUCUGCCGGGGAAGACACCUGUGUACGCGGAGGUGAAGCGCGUCGGGGACACACUCCUGGGCAUGGCGACUCAGUGCGUUCAGGUGAAGAACGUGGUGAAAACGUCGCCCCAGACCCUGUCCAACCUCUGCCUCAAGAUCAACGCCAAGCUGGGAGGCAUCAACAACGUGCUGGUGCCCCACCAGAGGCCCUCGGUAUUCCAGCAGCCGGUGAUCUUCCUGGGGGCGGACGUGACCCACCCCCCGGCGGGGGAUGGGAAGAAGCCCUCGAUCGCAGCGGUGGUGGGCAGCAUGGACGGCCACCCCAGCCGCUACUGCGCCACCGUCAGGGUGCAGACGUCCCGCCAGGACCCCCCGGGGCAGGAGCCCCCCUCACGCCUAGACCCGGGGCAGGGGCAGGGGCAGGGGCAGGGGCAGGGGCAGGAGCCCCUCUACAGCCAGGAGGUGGUGCAGGACCUGAGCAACAUGGUGCGUGAGCUGCUCAUCCAGUUCUACAAGGCCACGCGCUUCAAGCCCACCCGCAUCAUCUACUACAGGGGAGGAGUCUCAGAGGGACAGAUGAAACAGGUGGCGUGGCCUGAGCUGAUGGCAGUGAGGAAGGCCUGUAUCAGCCUGGAGGAAGACUACCGGCCCGGAAUCUCCUACAUCGUUGUGCAGAAACGUCACCACACCCGGCUCUUCUGCUCUGACAAAGCAGAGCGGGUGGGGAAGAGUGGGAACAUUCCGGCCGGUACGGCAGUGGACAGCACCAUCACACACCCCUCCGAGUUCGACUUCUACCUGUGCAGUCACGCUGGCAUACAGGGUACCAGUCGGCCGUCGCACUACCACGUGCUCUGGGAUGAUAACUGCUUCACAGCCGACGAGCUGCAGCUGCUGACCUACCAGCUGUGCCACACCUACGUGCGCUGCACCCGCUCCGUGUCCAUCCCCGCCCCCGCCUACUACGCCCGCCUCGUGGCCUUCCGCGCCCGCUACCACCUGGUGGACAAGGAGCACGACAGUGCGGAGGGCAGCCAUGUCUCAGGCCAGAGUAAUGGGAGAGACCAGCAGGCCCUGGCCAAAGCUGUGCAGAUUCACUACGACACCCAGCACACCAUGUACUUCGCCUGACAGCUCUCCCUCUCUCUCUCUCCUUUCUCCCCCUCACUCUCUCCUCUCCCUUUCUUUUUCCCUCCCUUUCUUUCCUUCUCCUUCUGUUCUCCCUCCCUCCGUUUCCCUCUCUCCCCCCCUCCUUCUCUGUCUCUCUCUCUCUCUCUCCACGUGGUCCUAUAGCCAGCAGGUAGGCCUUCAGUAUUGUUGAGUUUCUGAUCGAGUCCGUACCAUUAGAGACCAGCAGAGAGACCAGCAGAGAGACUGUCCUUCUGAAGCACAAACACCACCUUUCAGUCAGUCUAGAGGUUGUGUUGUUGAAUGUUUAUUUUGUACUGAUUGUGAUCAGAGCUGUCAUGUACAAAAUGGCUUCUGCCAAUCCUGCAGUAACCAGGUCUGUUCUUACCUCAGCCCCAUUGGGGUACACUAGAACUACACAAGUAUUUGGAUCAAUUUGGAUAUUACUUAAUAUUGUAACUUCAUCCUAUUGGAUCAGUGCCGAUUUUAAUCUUGUUAAUACUGAACAUGUGUUAGUGUGUGUGCGCAUGAGUGUAUGUGUGUGUGUGUGUGUGUUUAUUUAUACACUCAGUGAUCACUUUAUUAGGUCGACUUCUACACCAGCUUGUUAAUGUAAAUAUUUAAUCAGCCAAUCAUGUGGCAGCAACUAAAGGCAUAAAAGCAUCCAGACAUAGUCAAGAGUUUCAGCUGUUCCGAAUGUCAGAAUGUGGAAGAAAUGUGAUUGGAGUGACUUUGACCAUGGAAUGAUUGUUGGUGCCAGACAGGGUGGUUUGAGUAUCGCAGAAACUGCUGAUCACUAGAAUUUGCAGAGAAUGGUCCGAAAAACAAAAAACAUCCAGUGAUCAGCAGUUCUGCAGGCAGAAGCAUCUUGUUAAUGAGAGAGGUCAGAGGAGAAGGGCCAGACUGAUCGAAGCUGACAGGAAGAUGACAGUAACGCAAAUAACCACACAUUACAACAGUGGUAUGCAGAAGAGCAUCUCUGAACACACAACGCGUCAAACCUCUAAGUGGAUAGGCUACAGCAGUUGAAGACUUAGUAAGUCUAAAAAAUAAGUCCAAUAAAUACCUAAUAAAGUGCUCACUGAGUGUAUAAAGUCUUCACCGUAAUGUUAUUCAGAUUAGGCUUUAUACUCAUAAAUCAGUAUAAAGGUUUCUUUCAUACGCAUCUAUAGAUAUGUACAGUACAUCUAUAAUAGUGUUUUAUACACAUAAAUGUUGAAAUUCAUGUGAAAGUGUUUGGACAGUGAGGCUGUGCUCUUCUGCAUUGAGAGAGACCACCUGGGUUCUGUGUUCAGAGAAACCACAGGUUUGCGCAGAGCUUAUUUGGAGAGACCACAGGGUUGUGACAGAAGACUGCUGCUUCAUGAAUUUCGUAAUGGGUUGAGCUACCCAGCAUGUGCUGUAACAACACCUUCCAAUCAAAACAUCUUGCUGAUGCGGCUCCUGAGUGUCUGGCCAUUUUGAGUGCAGAGUGUGGUCCUAAAGUUUAAGGUGCACUGGCUAACUAUGCUAUCGCUAACUAGGAUCCCCAGCCCUAAAGCUUACGGCACACUGGCUAAAUGUGCUAUCACUAACCUGGGUUCUCAGCCCUGAAGCUUACAGCACACUGGCUAACUGUGCUAAUGCUCACCUGGGUCCACAGCGCAAAAGCUUACAUUGCACUGGCUAAAUGUGGUAUCGCUAACCUGGCUCCACAGCGCAAACGCUUACAGUGCACUGGCUAACUAUGCUAAUGCUCACCUGGGUCCACAGCGCAAAAGCUUACAAUGCACUGGCUAACUGCUAAUGCUAACCUGGGUCCACAGCGCAAAGCUUGCUUUCUGGUGCAAGUUCACUUCAAACAGGGAGAAAAAUAAUGCAUACAGCAAAACACCGAUUGGUGAAAAUGAACCGGCCUCGUGGUUCUGCCCCUUGUGGGGUUCAUGAAGCAUCACUGCAUCAUCGUCGUGGUUUAGAGCAUGUGCAUUUCAUCGUAAAACAUGUAAAUUAAGAGCUUAAUAUAACAAGAAAAAUGUUUGGACUUGUCUUACCUGUCUUUAGAGUAGGUUAUAAUUGUCAUUGUUCAAUUAAUCAGACUGAAGGCAGCCAAGGGCAGAUCUGUGAUGUCAUACAUGAGAUAAGCUGGGGUAUGUGGGAUUUGUGAUGUCACAAAGGUAUUAUGUAAUAUAAAAGAGAAGAUGAGGUGAAGAGGGCUUUUGUGAUGUCAUGGAGGAUGUGGCUAUGGAUCAGGUGUGCAGUGGGGUGUGACCGUGCUCUAUCGCCUUAUUGGAUACAAUACGGUCACAUGAUUGUGCACUGUGACAAAUGUGCCUAUUCACGUAGGACCAGCCUGCUGGCUAAAUUAUUUAUUAUAGCUGUGGUAGCAGUUGUACACAGCAUGUGCAAUCAAAUCUCCACUGCAUAUUCAAAGCAAUUUGUUAUCGUUGACAUUAGAUAAAGCUAUUGUUUAAUGUGGCUUGAUGAUAUGGCCGACGAUAUGGCAAGCUGCCUGUAUUUGGGUACCUAACUUGCUUACAUUAACUAUCAAGAUCACAACUGCUAGUUAGUUACCUCUCUUUACGUUUCCCAGGCUAUUGUCCUAACUGACAUUCUCGCAACCAUCUAAUUGUAUGUAUCCCAUGUACUCAAAUCUUUAGACAAUGUUUAAUCCCACGUUUACAGAGAAUGAACCAUAUUGAACAUGUCUUAAUCACUUCGAAGUGUAUCCACCCACCUACGUAUGUGUAACUAUACACACAAGCAAAGCAGAAGAUCACUGUUCACAGUACACAAUCUUGUGAUGUGCUGUAGCUCCAAUAAGGGCUUGAUACAGCACAAUCACCCCCGACCUGAUAGAACAGUGGCUUCCUGCCGGUGAAAUCGGAGGCUUAAAUUCACUUUGCUUGCAUGCGUGUCUCGUAAAACAGUUGGACACAAACAAGGAAGUAAUUGAAAGGGGAGAAGAAUGUGAAUGUGUAUGAGCCCUGUUUAGGAUUGCAAUACUGUCGUCUUUUAAUGAUGUAUUUUUAAAACCCCACGUUGUUAAACUGAGAAAAAAAAAAAAAAAACGAGGUAUUUUUUUUAAUCUUGGGGAAAGGCCACCAGGGGGCGGUGAGGUUCCCCCUGGCCCUGGAGCGCCCCCUCCUGGUGGGACACCAGCCGUCUGCAGAUCGGCUUUUAUAAAAAGGAUCUGAGACACGAGCGCUUUUUUUGCAGUACAGUGUAAUGUUUGUAUCUGUUGCUAUAACGGUCAGCAGCGUUCAGUCUUCAGCUGUGUUACUGUCCUGGGGCGGUCCUGGGGCGGUCCUGGGACGU